GUUUGUAAUAGAACGUAUCUCCCGUCGUGCAUUGGCCCGGGUCGUUUCUACUUUCUCUGCGUACUUUUCGUCACCAUUCAUCCGUUUUCCCACUUGGGGGGAUCGUCGGCUUUCCUUGUGUUGAGCUUGAAAGAGCUCGUAUUCUCUGUCCAAGAGGAUCUGGCGCAGCAGCUUGAAAUCACUAUUAUAAACAUCACGGGGGCCCUGGCAGGUAUUGGCGUAUCGACCUUCGCCAAAUACCUUGCAACUAUUCCGCAGGAGGGAUCGGUAACAUCCCGUUUCAUACCAGCCGUAUUCCUUGUGAUAAUCAGCUUUUUCGCUGGUUGGGCGAAAAGCCGACUUCCUCGUCUUCAUUUAUCUGCGCGGAUAUCGUGUUUUGUGUCCAUAUGGCUGUUGACUGACAAUAUUGGAAUAACCUCUGCCGUCCUCUCAGACUCGGGCGGUUUUUUAUGGAUCACCGUGACAGCCGCGUCUGUUUGCUUGUUUUCUAGCAUGUUGAUUUUACAUUGGUCCUCAACUCAUCUUAUUGAAGAAGUCGCGUCAACAUUGAGAACUAUCCAUCGAUGCUUAUCCGUGGGCAUGGAUAAUCCAUUUACUCAUCCUUCCUCCCAGCAAAUUGCUGAAUUGAAGGAUUUACACGGAGAGUUGGUCCACCAGUCUGUGAUACUGAAUGAAAUGUACUGUCAAGCAGCUUUUGAACUCCGUGUUGGGCGCGUUAGCGUGAAGUCCCUCAAGCCUCUCCUGGGCAUGGUUGAACACUUGCGGCGUGAAUUAUCCUGGGGAAUGGUCCCUCAGCCAGGUCAAAACGACUCGGCCAACGAAUCCCACUGUACUUCAUCCUCUUCCUUCGAGGCUUCAGCAACGGAGCUUAGUAAAACCAUUAUGACCUCAAUCAAAGCAGUCGAAGAUCUAGUGCUCGGCGUGUAUACACAUACCUCCCUAUGGCACAAGUCAUUGCGUACAGAGAGAGAUGCAGUUACUGCGGCUGCCAUCAAUCUCAAUCUCACAUGGUACACUGCAAAAACCGAGUUGCGUAACACUAUUCAAACAUGGAGCGAAGAAUCGAUUUCCCCAUCUGGCUCAAUUGUUCCUUCGCAUCUCCAUCAUCAGUGCCUGUUCGUAACAUCAUUGUUACAGAUGGCCUACGACAUGAGCCACAUACUGCAAGUAGCUCAGAGCAUUGCCGCACAUCACGAAGUUUCUCGAUUUCGCUUCUGGCUCCCGCGAUUGACAUGGCAAUGGCUUGGCGUUGCGCCCCGAACUUUCAUAAUGGAGGAAUAUGGGGCACCUAUAACCGAUGAUGCUUUCGAAGCAGAGACAACACUAUCAGCUGAGGAAGUCCGUCAAGGCGUUGCUUUUGUCGAUCGACAGGAUGAGACAAUGAGUCAAGAGUUUUCCUAUUCCCAUGCCACCAGAACCAUACCUAUUGUCCCACACUUAUCACUAAAAUCCCUCCCACAAUGCUUGUCGGUGACACUGCAACACCUUUGGAAUCAUCGCGCCAUACUUCAGCUUCGACUAGGAGCAUCAAGAGUAAUCUGCGACAUGCAACGUUCCAGUCAUUUGCAGCAUGCGACAAAAAAUGCCAUUGGGGUGGCCAUGUUAAGUUUUCCAGCUUUUCUUCCUUCUCACUCAGUAGGUUUUCAGUGGUUCAGGUGGAUCCACGGCCAAUGGAUGAUUAUCAGCUACGUAUGGGUCCUUGAAACCAAUACUGGAGCGACCUGGCGCGUUGGUUACUUGCGUCUCUCAGGGACCAUUCUAGGAGCUAUCUAUGCUUAUAUUACAUGGGCUAUCUGCGGGAGGAAUUCUAUUGGCAUAGUGGCAAUGGUUACAUUAUUUGAUAUACCCAUUACGUGGCUUGUCACGAAAAGCAGGAUUCCGUCCUUGGGUGUUGUCGCCUCUGUUACGCUCCCUCCUAUCGUGCUAUACCAAUACCUAACUCCGGAUUCAGGAGUGUCUACACGAGACUUAGCUUGGAUGAGGGCCUCAAUGAUUGCUUUGGGCAUCAUCGCCGCGUUGGCAAUGAAUAGUAUUGUCUUUCCUCGAUACAGCCGAGUGUUGUUUCUGAAUCAGACAAGCACGACAUUGCGAUUACUCAGCCAGUUAUAUCUUCUCCUUGUACAGGGGAUGUUCCGGAGUAUAUACCCAUUUACGCCGCACGACAAACAAGAGACGUUAAAGUUAGAACUUCAAAUUCGUAAUGCGCUUCAUCGAUCGUCGUCGCUGCUGACUACCAUGAAUGACGAACUCAGUCUAGUGCCGAAACCAAUGCGCCACUACCGCGAAGUUGUCCUCAAAAUACAGAAGAUUCUUGACUUGAUGACUGGUCUUAGAAAAAUACGGGAAAAUAUACCCCGAAAGGAGACUAUCGCGUCAGUCAUGAAAGAACGGAAGGAAUUUGUAUGUACCAACGAACUCGGCUGCUGAACUGCAUCAGACGCCCUUGUCAGAUAUCCUGUAUCUGCAUCUCGCUGUUUGCGUGUCAGCACGUCUUUCAAGCUCGACAACCUCUACCGCAGUUCCUCCCAUCUGCGAGACAAGCACUUGAAACACUCGAAUCAAGAAUAGAAGCCUCUCUGCGACGGGGUAUUGACGCGGAUGUAUCGGUUCAGGGUAUCUCCCUGGCCUACUCAGUUGCGGAAGGUGAGGUCAUGAAGGAUAUGGUUGAUACCAUAGAGGGUUUAUUGGAGCUGUGCCGCCAGCUAUUCGGGACAUCAGCGUGGUUGACCCAUACCUGGCCAGAGACAAGUGUUUACAACGCUGAUGAAGGACCUAGUGAAGGAUGGUUUAGUACAGUGGGACGCAUGUAGAAAGGAUACUAUUUCAUUUAGGGGCUUGUCAUGUAGCAUAGAUGUGAUUUUAAGGGUAAUGGUAGCUAGAGUUAUUGUGC